GCGCACUCGGGUUGCCAUCCCCCUCCCCGGAGGGCUGCGAGGGCGGGAGGACGCCCCAACGCCAGCUCUGGUCCCCUUUCCGUCUCUCGGUUCCUCUUUCCUCCCAAGUAAGGGAAUACGCGGCGAGGAAGAAGCUCCCCCGGGGAAACGCGGAACCAAGUGUUGCAUGGAGAGGGACAGCCAGGAUUUGGGGAGUCACCUCAACUACAGCAGGAAUAUGUUGCCUGACGAAUAGCAGCCAUCUUUCUCAGCUGACAAAACGUGCCUACUGCUGCCACAGACGCUUGAGUCCCCAAACAUCUCCUCAACUACUCAUCCAUUGUGCACCUUCAAUGAGCCAGGCUCUGAGCUGAGCCUCCGCUUCACCCUUCUGAACCAAACUCCAUCCUUGGCCUCAACAGCCUCAUAGUCAGCUUAAAAAUGAGUGAAGAACAAUGGGUCUCUCUCACUUCUGAAGAAUUUGAUCAACUCCAGAAGUACUCAGAAUAUUCCUCUAAGAAGAUAAAGGAUGUCUUGGCUGAAUUUAAUGAGGGUGGGAGCCUCAAACAAUACAACCCACAUGAGCCAAUCAGCUAUGAUGUCUUCAAGCUGUUCAUGAGGGCCUACCUGGAAGUGGACCUUCCUCAGCCACUGAGCACAAACCUCUUCCUGGCCUUCAGCCAGAAGCCCAGACAGGAGACUCCUGACCACUCAAAGGAAAGAGCCAGCUGCAGUGUGCUAAACAGCUCAGAUUCUAGUGUACAAAAUGUGGAUAAUGCUGCCAAAGCAGAUGAGGCCUGUGCCCCUGAUACUGAUACAAACAUGGCCCAGAAGCAAGUGACAGCCAAAGAUCAAGUGACCGCAAGCCCCCUGGGAACUCCUGUUGCUCAGUCCCCAGGCUCAGAGUCUCCUAUAGUGUACUUGAAGGAUGUCGUGUGUUACCUGUCCCUGCUGGAGAGCGGAAGACCUCAAGAUAAACUAGAAUUUAUGUUUCGUCUCUAUGAUUCAGAUGAGAAUGGACUCCUGGACCAAGCGGAGAUGGAUUGCAUUGUCAACCAAAUGCUGCAUAUUGCGCGAUACCUGGAGUGGGAUCCCACAGAGCUAAGGCCUAUAUUGAAGGAGAUGUUGCAAGGGAUGGACUACGACCAAGAUGGCUUUGUGUCACUACAAGAAUGGGUCCAUGGAGGAAUGACCACCAUCCCAUUGCUGGUCCUUCUGGGGAUGGAUGAAUCUGGCUCCAAGGGUGAUGGGCGGCAUGCCUGGACUCUGAAGCAUUUCAAGAAGCCAACCUACUGCAAUUUCUGCCACAUCAUGCUCAUGGGAGUUCGGAAGCAAGGCUUGUGCUGCAUCUACUGCAAAUACACUGUCCACCAACGCUGUGUAUCCAAAAACAUCCCUGGGUGUGUGAAGACACACUCGAAAGCCAGGAGGAGCGGUGAGGUGAUGCAGCACGCAUGGGUGGAAGGGAACUCUUCUGUCAAGUGUGACCGAUGCCACAAAAGUAUCAAGUGCUACCAGAGUGUCACCGCGCGGCACUGCGUGUGGUGCCGGAUGACGUUCCACCGCAAAUGUGAAUUAUCAACAUUGUGUGAUGGUGGAGAACUCAGAGACCAUAUUUUGCUGCCCACCGCCAUAUGCCCUGUCACCCGGGAUAGGCAAGGUGGGAAGUCUGAAGGCAGCAUGGCAGCCAAGACUGAACUUGUCAUGCAGUAUAAGAUCAUCCCUACCCCGGGUACCCACCCCUUGCUGGUCUUGGUGAACCCCAAGAGUGGAGGAAGACAAGGAGAAAGAAUUCUUCGGAAAUUCCACUACCUGCUCAACCCCAAGCAAGUUUUCAAUCUGGACAAUGGGGGUCCUACUCCAGGACUGAACUUUUUCCAUGAUACCCCAGACUUCCGUGUUCUUGCCUGCGGAGGAGAUGGGACCAUUGGCUGGAUUUUGGAUUGCAUUGAUAAAGCCAACUUCGCAAAGCAUCCACCAGUGGCUGUCCUGCCUCUUGGAACAGGAAAUGACCUUGCCCGAUGUCUUCGCUGGGGAGGAGGUUAUGAAGGAGGAAGCUUGACAAAAAUCCUGAAGGACAUCGAGCAGAGCCCCUUGGUGAUGCUGGACCGCUGGUAUCUGGAAGUGAUCCCCAGAGAAGAAGUGGAGAAUGGGGACCAAGUCCCAUAUAGCAUCAUGAACAACUACUUCUCCAUUGGCGUGGAUGCUUCCAUUGCACACAGAUUCCACAUGAUGAGAGAGAAACAUCCUGAAAAGUUCAACAGCAGGAUGAAGAACAAGCUAUGGUACUUUGAAUUUGGCACCUCAGAGACCUUUGCAGCUACCUGCAAGAAACUCCAUGACCACAUAGAACUAGAGUGUGAUGGGGUUGAGGUAGACCUGAGCAACAUCUUCCUGGAAGGCAUUGCCAUUCUCAACAUUCCCAGCAUGUACGGAGGCACCAAUCUCUGGGGAGAGACCAAGAAGAACAGAGCUGUGAUCCGGGAAAGCAGGAAGAGCAUCACAGACCCCAAGGAACUGAAAUUCUGCGUCCAAGACCUCAGUGAUCAGCUCCUUGAAGUGGUGGGACUGGAGGGAGCCAUGGAGAUGGGGCAGAUCUACACAGGCCUGAAGAGUGCAGGAAGGAGGUUGGCCCAGUGUUCCUCUGUCACCAUCAGGACGAACAAGCUGCUGCCGAUGCAAGUGGACGGGGAGCCUUGGAUGCAGCCACGUUGCAUGAUUAAAAUUACUCACAAGAACCAAGCACCUAUGAUGAUGGGACCUCCCCAGAAAAGCAGCUUCUUUUCACUGAGAAGGAAAAGCCGUUCAAAAGAGUCCUGCAAGGUUCCUUUUGAGAAGCAAGCUGCAAGUUUUCUACCUACAGUGAAAUCGGAUGUGGUCAAGGGACAGAACUCCAUUCCAGAAAGCUUGCACAAAAGUCCUUCUGUACAGAGAGACAAAACAACCUCUGGCUGUCCAGAAUUCCUGGCAGGACUCAGGAAACACAGGAUGGUUUCUUCAUUGUCCUUCAAGUGACAACUUCUCCCCAAACUUGCUGAGAAGACAGAGAGUCUGUGGAAAGCUGUGUUUCCAUGUGUUGGUCUCCGUGCUGUCAGUGGGCACUUGUUCGUUUCCAGAAGCUUCUCCUGGUAACUGUUUGUUUAGAGCUGGCUCCAAGAACCCCCAAAGCUGCCUGGGCAGCCCAUCGUAGGUGUGGUAUUUAUUUUCUUAGUACUGUGAACACCUGGGAGUGAAAGUGAAGAAACUGAGAUUUAUUUUUCAAAUUGAUGUUAUAAUAUUGUGUAAAAAGGGGAAAAAAAACUAUUUUAAAAAAUACACACCCCCAUCUUUUU